GGAAUGUCGAAUUGACUUGAUGCGCCCUACGCGUUGCUUCACACUGGGCCCGGAAACUUCCCAUAACAGGUACGAUCGUCUAACAGUGAGCAAAGAUUUGCCUGCCUUUCACCGUGAAAUUUGUUAGAGUUGUUCUAGAACUUUCUUUCUCUCUUCGGGCAGGCAGCAGACUAGGCUGCGGCGUCUACGCUAUUUCGCAAUAGGCAUGACAGCCCCGUUUGACGAAGAGUUGUUUGAAACUCGUUCUAUGCCUUCGCAGACUCCUCGCUCAACUCUGCAGCUCGAUCCAUCCGCGCCAUCAUGUCCGUUGAGCAGAACCAGGAAAGCGCACAGCAUGACUCUGAUCCGGCUCCGUACUACGAAGUCAUCGACUGCUUGUAUAGCGAUUUCGACACAGAAUGUCGACUAGUCGUCUUGGGCAACUACAAACAAAUAUGCAUCUAUGUCGACGAGAAAAGCGUCCAUGGAUCGCCUCCAAUGGCCGAAAAGUACCUACACUUCCUUCGCGUCAUGAACGCGCCCGACAACGAACUGGAUGGCCUCGAUGACCAGGAUUUCUACAACUGGAUUACCGAUUUCUAUCACCCUAUACUCCGCUCUUUUCCGCCUCUUCCAGAAGACUUCCAACCUACUCUACAGGACCGGCUCUGUCCAAACUCAGCUAACUAUACGUUACACGUCGUGGAUGGCGAGGUCGUGCCCAUGCUUGAUCUUCAUCCAAAUAGGGCUGGUGGGCGACGACUCUACGGUGUCUACAUCGACGACUACUUAUCCACGGCCUUUCCCUCCUUGCAUCCGCGUUCAGUCCCAAUCUGCAAGUGUCCAAGGGGAACACUGUCUCCCCAUAAAGUCAUCAUCGACGGCACGGUCUACUGGUUCAAACACUACCUCUCCGGAGACGAUGACAUCGCAGGCAAAGAAAUAUCCAACUACAAAACCAUAGCACAAGCCGGCCUCGAGUCUGACCUUCGCAUGUCUCGACUUCAUGGCCUCGUACGAGACGACGAGACCGGCAGAGUUUUUGGACUGCUUCUAGAUUAUAUCGAUGGGAAAAGCAUGGCUAUGGAGUCUCUGCUUAGGAACGCUUCAAUGGACGCUCGCAGGAAGUGGGCUGUGCAAAUCGGUUAUACUGUAUGGCGUCUGCAUGAGUCUGGUAUUGUGUGGGGAGAUGCGAAAGCGGAUAAUGUGUUGAUCGAUCAUGACGAUAAUGCAUGGGUUAUCGAUUUUGGCGGUGCGCGUACGGAGGGCUGGGUUGAGGAGGACCUGACGGAAACGGUCCAAGGGGAUUUGCAGGGUUUGGGAAGGAUUAUCGAAUUCCUUGAGAUUGAGGACAUGACGGCUUGCGGAGAUGGCGGUAUUCGUGAAGGGGUAGGCUCCCAAACACCUGAGGACAUCCAUCAGGAAGACGAGGGAACUGGGAAGUAGUGUCACGGCUUGCUGCAUCUUCCCAGUUCCCCAAGGGUUAUGACCAAGGCCAUAUACGGGAAACAAUCUGGAGAUGCACCGCAGGUCUAUCUGGAGCUACUCACAACCAUCCGGCUUGAACGUACACCGGUUCUCUAAGCGAGCGACCUCUGCAAUCUGUC